AGGCAGCAGCAGAAGAAGAAAUCCUCCACAAGGCGGAAGGCGCGGCAAAACAAGUGCAGGAGAACAGGAACAUGUCUCAGCAGCGGAUGGAAGACAGUCACCGCAGAUUUCUGCAGGCCAUGAUGACCAUUGGGGUCAUCGACCGUCAAGGAGCAAAGACUCUGCAUAGACGGUGCUGUGAAGAACAUAAAACCCAACAUUCGCCUGACAGACUGGAUUCUUUCAUCGACACCAUCAACUCAAAGCUGCAGCCUCUGUUCAUGCAGAUAAGAAAAGGGAUGUCCGAAGACGACGGGAACCAGUAUUAUGUUUUAGUGAACACGGCUGAAACUGACGUCACCAGGAUGUCUUCAGAUUACGCCGACAAUGAACUGGAACUGUUCAGAAAAACGAUGGACCUGAUCAUAUCCUCUGAGAAUGGUAAAGCCUCCUCCACUGAUAUACUGAACUGCACUGACACCAUGACCUCCAAAAAACUGAAGAAGAUUGAAACGGAGCAGCUCCUGAAGCGACUUGUGUGCGACAAGUGGCUCAGUGAGAAUCAAGGGGAAUACACCUUGUCCACCAGGUGUAUCAUCGAGAUGGAGCCUUAUAUCCGUGCGAUGUAUCAGGACCAGGUCAAAAUGUGCCACAUCUGUCACAACUUUGCUUUCCAGUGCCAAAUUUGUGACAAUCCCGCAUGUGGCAUCAAAAUCCACAACCCAUGUGUGGCCAGAUACUUCAAAGGGAGAGUGGAGCCUCGGUGCCCAGCAUGUGAUGACUUUUGGCCCCAUGAAAUCCCAGAAUUCCCGCAGCAUCAGUCUUCGUCCAAAAGAUGACCUCCUCAACAACUUCUUUUUUUUUUGAUCAUAUUUGUUUUUUUUAUUUCAUAUUUUUUUUAAUGUUGACUUUCACAGAAUUUCAUUUUGUUGUUUCUUUGCAAACAUAGUGUCAGUUGUUCAGUUCGUCUCCUCAGUUCUCCAUCAUACAAGGCUGUAUAAAUGUACAAAUGUUUUUGCUGUUUUGUUUUAUAAAUAAUAAACUCUUGA